CAUAAAGAAUAUUAUAAUUCUUAGGACAUUAACGUGACGUUGUUAUAAGCAGAUUGUACAGUGAACCGGAUGGGAUCGGAUAGUUUGUAACUUGGUUUAAUGUGUGUUGGUUACCUCUGUUUGAUUAAAUAUGGCUACGUAAGAUGAUGUAGAAAUUGUCUAAAGGAUAUAAGAAAUGGGGGUUAAUGUCUCAAAAGAACAGAACCGGCCACCAUCCAAGAGUUCACCAUCACCUGCCUCUUCUCUCUCCAACCAGCCUGACGACAAUAACCAAAACCAAAAUGACACAAACAACAUUAAAAAGCAAGCUAAUGGAUCUGCAUCCAAAGAUCCAAAACAAUACAGUAAAGCCCCUCCUCCACCUAGACCACCUGGUAAACUGAAAGAUGAAAUAUUUAAAGUCGAAGAUUAUAAAGAGGUCGAUGAACAUGCUCUCAGUGUCCGACCAAGGCUUCUGAAAGGAACUUUUUUAGAGCUGGUACAAUUCCUGACCGAUAAACCAGAAUGGGAUGAUUUGUCUAAAGUCCGAUGUUUGUUUAUGUGGAUGACUUCAGUGGAUGUAUACAGUUUUGAUAUUGAUGAAGCACCUUCGCAAUCACCUUUGGAAUAUUUCCGAAAAAUCCAGGCCAACACGGGAAAUCAUGCUCAUUUAUUUUCUGGACUAUGUCAAAUGGCAGGGAUCCCAUGUACCAUAAUCAGUGGCAUGAACAAAAGUGCUGCAUAUGAAGUUGGAAAACCUGCUAAUAGGAAAACAAUGGGAGCUCAGUGGAAUGCGGUGUACUGUGCAGGUGAUUGGAGAUUUGUGGACGCCUUUUGGGCAAGUGCUUGUGUCGUUGGAAGGAAGACAGGAGAGUGGUCUCUUGUCGAUUCUGACGGGAAUCCAAUGGAUGAAGAGGAAGAAGAAGACGAAGGAGAGACUCAACAUCGAAUUAACGAAUUUUAUUUUCUCACCGAUCCAGAUAAAUUAAUUUGGACUCAUUUUCCCGACGAGAAAAAGUGGCAGCUUCUUCCUAAACCCGUGUCUCAAAAAGAUUUUGAAGACCAUUGUUACAUCAGGGAAAGGUUUUAUAUAAUGGGAAUGAACUUUAAAGAAGAAGCUUUACGGAAAUGUUUAUUGAAGACACAACAUGGUGAACGGGACGUAAAGUUUACGAUUCCCGCUGAAAACAGUUGUAACUAUAGAUUUAAAUAUAUGUUGUAUCAAUCACGGACCUGUAAGGGUUCCGAAGACAAUGUGAAAGUGUUUCUCGAUAGAUUUGUAUUUUUUGAACAUACUUCUGACUAUGUGCACUUCGAACUCCGCUUUCCUAUUAAGGGUGAUUUCAAAAUGGAUAUAUACGGUCUGGAUUUGAACGAAUCCGACACCUUUGAUUUGUGUUGUACGUAUAUAAUUCACUGUCCUGAAGCUAAAAAGAACUGUAUGCCGUUCCCCGACUGUCCGCCUUUAGGGUGGGGUCCUAUUGGUGAUACCAAGAACGUUGGAUUGAAGCCAAAGACCCACAACAAGGGAAUAGUUGAAUCAAAAGACGGAAAAGUCGAAAUUCGAUUUAAAACCGAGAAAGAAAUUCAGCUUCACCAAACCUUGAAACAUUCAGUGAUAGAUGACGCUACUCUCAGUAACUAUUCUGUUUCACGACAAGAAAACGGCGAGGCUGUUGUAAACCUCCGACUCCCUCAGAAAGGCGAAUAUGCUCUGAAACUGUUUGCCCAAGAUAAUGAUAAUGAAGGAGAAGCACCCAAUGUUUGUAAUUAUUUGAUCCGAGUGGACGGUACUGAUCCUCAAAGUCAGCCAUUCCCUAAUAUGACGAAAGGCAACAUGGGUAAGAGUCACUUAGCCGAUAAAUUAGGCGUCAAAGCUUUAACUCACCCAAGCGGAAUGAUUGAUGCUGAAACUGGAAAGCUGGCCAUCAAAUUUUCUGCUAAAAAGAAUCUUGAACUCGUUUGUGAGUUGCAUUGCCAUGAUGCUGGUGCAACAAAGCAGUGUUCAGCGAUGACCCGAGAUGAAAAAGGAGAAUGGAUUUUCGAUUUGGAUCUGCCUCAAUCAGGGGAAUACUCACUAAAUGUGUUUGCCCGAGAAAAGAAGGAUGCAAGCAGAAUUUAUGACGUCCAUACAUAUCUUAUCAAAUCUGCUGGUUAUGGUGAACAAUUCAAAGGUAAAGCAGACGACAAUUCUGAAGAUGGUGAUCAAGCAGAAACCAUAGCAACAGAGACUGUGGAUACAUCUGAUAAAGUAGUCAUGAUUCCAGUACCUCCAGAUUGUGAGAAAGCCGUUGCUGCUGUUCAUAGAAAGAAUGCCAACGAUCCACCGGGCACCGAUCAAAUUAAGUUCAUUAAACAAGAUGACUCAUCUAUGGUGAAGGUUGAUCUUCCGGAUUAUGGGGAGUAUGUAUUGAAUUUAUAUAAUGUAGAGAAAGGCGGCAAUGUGAAAAACGUCGCUAAAUACCAGAUUAACAGGAAACCGGCAGGAGAGUUGUAUGAUGACAAUAUUAAUUAUAUCAUGGAUAAUGUAAUGGGUGAUGGAUCACAGGUGACCAGCGCCGAUUCUACACCAUCUCCUGAACUCGAUAAGAUUGAUCCCAAGAAAUCUGAAGAGGAAAGACGCAAAGCAGCAAGAAAACAAGUUCAGAAAGCUAUUGAUUUGAAAGACGUACGACAAUUACAAGUAGCCUUAGCCCGAUAUGAUGCAUUACAAACCAACAAAGAUGACGAAAUGUUGAAAAAGGCACAGAAAGUACUUCAAGUUUUGAAAGCUAAGUCAGAAUUAACGGAAGCUUGUCAAAAGAGAAAGCUUCCAGCACUAGAAGAAGCUCUGAGGAAUGCCAAAGCCGCCAAUUUUGAUAGAAGUUUAGACCUUCCAAUCGCCAUAGCAACCAGAUUAAGAGAUCGUAUAGCUAAAAUGGAGAAAUUACGUCAUGAAGUUUUAUCUAUGGAACAGAAAACUAUAUCGGAGAUAAAAUCUUACUCAAAGCCACCUGACGGCAUCCAUCCAACUUUAACCGCUACCUUCUUAUUACUGGGAGUCCAAAUGAAAGAACUGAAGGAAUGGAAAUCGGUCAUUGUAUUAAUGGGGAAAACUGGCAAAGAUUCUUUCAUGAGACAAAUUUCAUACUUUGACCCAAAGUCAGUUAGUCCAAAAACAGCAGCUCGCGCAAAAAAAGUUCUUAACAAAUUCACCAGAGAUCAGGUUAGACAAAGCAGUGCGGGCGCAGCAACUUUUUAUAUAUGGGUUACUGGUAUGAUAGAGGAAAUUGAAUCUCAUGGUGGAACUGAGGCUCAAAGUGAUUCCAACAGACUACGACUAUAAAAUGGUGGUUGAAUGGCAACACAUUCAGCAAUAGACCUACCUUAAUAGCAUCUGUCAAAUAUCUACGUGUUAUAUAUACAUAGUAAUUGAGAAUUGAGAAUACAUUUAUAUUAUGAAUAAAUACAUUAGAAAUUGCAAAAAAUAAACUAUAAAAUUAUAAGCUCAUGGUUGAACCCGGUCUCAAAUACGAUGUUGUGGAAUGGUGAACAUAUCGUGCUUCACAAACCGCAUCUGCUAAUACAUGACCCGGAGUAGUGAGAAAUAAUUAAGUAUCUUUAGACUGUUUUUUCUGUUAAAAUGAUUUUAUCAAUCUGUUACAGUAGAUAAUUGUUGUUUUAUUUUGUAUAUGUAUAUAGACAAAAAUAUUAUUAGUCUUAUAUAAACUGUUUGUGACUU